AUGGAAAUGCUGGAGAAUGUGUGGGCAAGCUUCAUCAAUGGAGGAACGAAACAAUCUGGAGACUACGAAUCGCAGUUCUCCUCUACCGCCGCAGAUGAAAACAUGGUAAACAGAGGACCAACAAUGGGAAACAAUAACAAUGGGCUGGAAAGGCUGCCGAGCUUGGGGAGAUGGAUAUCAAUGGGGGAAGAGGCCUGGGACGAAAUCCUUCGAACCCAAUUCCUCAUUCCUCCAUCCGAAAAUACCCAAUUGCCCUCUUCGAGCAACAUUACCUCUGGAACCUUCGACGAUCACCAAGCCGGCAAAUCGACUAAAACGACGUCGUGCAGGCGUUACAGGGGAGUGAGGAGGCGGCCAUGGGGGAAGUACGCGGCGGAGAUAAGGGACUCGACGGCGGAGAACGGCGGCGCUAGGGUAUGGCUGGGAACGUUCGAGACGGCGGAGGAAGCGGCUCGGGCUUACGACAGGGCGGCUCUGAGGAUCAGGGGAGCCAAGGCGCGUCUUAAUUUCCCCGGAAAAGAGGUUUCUUUAGGUGAUUGCUGCCGGACGAACGGUAGUGAUUCUGAAGGGGGAGAUUUGCGGCGGCGGCGGGGGAGGAAGAGGGUUGCGAGGGAAUGGGAAUCGACGGGGAUCGGGCCGCCUGCGCUGAAGAGAGUGGCUAACGAGGUGGAAGGGGAGUUUGGGGAUGGCGAUGGCGGGUUUGAGAUUGAAGGUCUUGAGGAGCUGAUUGGGAGUGAUUUCUUGGAUAAUUUGUUGGCUUCUUUGUCGGAAUCCAAUUGA